AUGGUGAAGCCAUGCAUAACCCUAAUGCUAAUAAUCUCAAUGAUCCUAUUGGCCAGUUGUUUGGUCCAUUGCAAAAUUGAUCAAGACCCUUUAGCCGUAGAAGAAUGGUUCAAAAAGCUGCCCAACAUGACCCCAAUCCAUACCCACCUUCACUUCUAUCUACACGAUACAGUGAGUGGCACCAACCGCACCACCAUGAGAAUCGCCCAAUCCACCAUCACCUCCUUUGGGCUCACAACUGGACCUCAACCCAACUCUACCAUCGUGGGUCAAGCACAAGGCAUCUAUGGUUCAGCAUCGUUAGAGGAGUCCGAUGGUCUUCUGAUGACCAUCAACUUGUUCUUCACCGCAGGGGAUUACAACGGUAGUGCUCUGAGCCUUUUGGGGCGGAAUGCGGUGUUUCAUUCCUACCGUGAAAUCCCGAUUGUUGGUGGUUCUGGAGUUUUCAGGAUGGCAAGGGGUGUUGCCACCGCAAAAUCUUAUUAUUUUAAUCUUACCUCUGGUGAUACCAUUGUCGAAUAUUACGUCAUGGUUGUUCAUUAUUGA